AUGUUUCCAAGCCAUGGCUCAGAGAUUACGCUUGAGAUCAAAGCUGGGAAUACAUCGCUCUGCUUGAACAAGACGUCUAUCAGUCUCGGAUCCUCGGACAAUGAGAUACCCUUCGAUCUGUCAUCCUUGUCCGCUGCCACCAAUAACAUCACUAUGAUUGGCACUCUUGAAGGGUUCAAGAAUGGAACAUUCACUGCUACGACUCAAGUCACUAAGCUCCCUCUUCGUUCCGAUAAUGGCACCGUCACCCGACUCGACAACUUGUAUGGAGGUCUUUCAGUUCGAAAAGGACAGGCCAAAGAAUGGACAUCGAUCUUUCCCUACACUUAUUACGUUCAAUGGAGUCUAUAUUGGAACGCCAAUGUCUCAACUCUAGACGAAUUUGCAGCAAUGGGCUACAAUGUCAUUCACAUCGUGCCUACCGGUGACCUAGGCGACACCCCAUUCCCCUGGGACAAGUUCCAACCCUACCUUGAUCGCGCCGACGAACUAGGCUUAUAUUUCAUGUAUGAUGUCCGCUGGGACUAUACCAAUCUAACCACCAUGAUCGACCAAAUCCAUCAUCUACACAACCAUCCCUCAAUUCUUUUAUGGUAUACAGCCGACGAACCAGAUGGAAAGUCCAACCCCAUAAACUCCACACUCAUCGCAUAUAAUACCAUCAAAGCAAUUGAUCCCUACCAUCCAGUCUCUCUAGCCCUGAACUGUCGAGACUUUUACUACGCCAACUACGCCGCAGGCGCCGAAAUCGUCCUCGAAGACGUCUACCCCAUCAGCACAAACACCUCCUACUCAAUCGUCUAUUCCACCNCCUGCAACAGCACUUACGGCUGCUGCGGCUGUGACGACUGCUCAGGAAGCUUUUCCGACAUUUCCAGCCGCUUAGAUGAAUACACACACAAAGACCACAUCCUGGGCUGGCAANAAACCCACUGGGCAGCCCCUCAAGCAUUUGGAAACGAGACUNUUUGGACCAGAUAUCCUAGUGCUGCGGAAGAGGUUGUGAUGAAUUUGCUGAGUGUUAAUCAUAAGGCUAUGGGGAUUGUGAUGUGGGAUUUUCCUACUAGGGCUGAUAUCCUGAAUGUUACCAACAGGCUAGCUGCUGUGUUGACGAAAGAGCCAGUGGCAGGGUUCUUGGUUGGUGCUCCGUUGACGCAAAUGUUGGAAGUAGUCGGUGCUGGAAACAUUGACGCUGCUGCUUGGGUCAAGGACGAUGAAAUUUUGGUGUCUAUCGUCAAUCUCGACUACAACAACACGGACUCCAGCGUCACUGUAUCUUUACCGGAAUGCGUCAAAGCUGCAGAGGUUUCGAAAAGCUUCUGGGGCGACGCUUCAUGGUCUGUCGAUGGUAACAAGCUGUCCACAGACUCAUACAAGGGCUUAGAAGUAUCUCUAUUGCUGCUCACGCGUGAGUAA